UCCCCAAAACCUCGCUGAAUUUGUGCAGCCUUCGUCGAUCGAGAGCCCUAGGUGCUGAUCGGUUUUGCCUCGCGCUGUGAUUCGAGGGUGUUUUUGUCCAAUUUUCUGGUAAUUUGGGUGGGUUGGUGAGUGCGGCGAGCUGCGCACCUAGGUCUGGGUAGGAACGCUGAGAUGUUGUGCCUGAUCGGUUUAAUUCUUAGGGGACAUGAUUUAGUUACUCGGUCAUUUUAGGGGUAUAUGUAUGUGAUGCAAGUUGUGGUUCGUUAGUUCUUUUUUGGUUGAUCUGGGUGUGAAAUCAAUCGUCAUAUGGUACUUUUGAAUAGAGGACUGGAACCAAUCGAUAUACUAGGUUUGAUUCCACGGUUUCCUAAUCAACUAAGCAUUCAAUGGCACUGUCUUAGAAUCCGUUUAUGUGACUUGUGUUCUAAUGAUGAUAGUUCUGAUAAUUUGAGUUCAAGAACAUAGGUCAGAUAGUUUGAUUUGGUUGUUGGCUUAGAUGUUUUAACUAGGAGUGCACAAUUAUUUUAGAGAGCAAAUUUAGAAAUGUCUUAUUUUGGUAUUCAUUCCCUUCCAUAUCCAUACAUGUUGAUGCUAUUAUUGCACUGUUCGUUCAGGACCCUGACUCUUGUCACUCAUGUCUACUGAAGUCCGCGAAGAGUACAUCUGCUUUCUUUCUUGCUACUUUUGGUUCAUAUUCUGUGUAAAGUUGCGGUAUUUUACUUGAUACAAGUGAACUCACUGGAUUUCUGGUGCUGAUAGUGCCUUGAAGUUGGAUGCGGAGGACUUGUGGUUGGUCUAAUCAACAAUACUCAAGUUCUCUCGUCGUCCCUGUCAAAAACUCACCCACCCAAGCUCUUCAGCAAUUUGGUGUGGGCCUCUGCUUGGAUUGCUCUUUGCUUGGGUCUUCUCGAGGGCUCUUUCUCAUUGUUCUCGUGACCUCUCAUUCUGUGGUUGAUUGAUAGUGUCCAUCUGUCCUAUUAAGGCAUUCAUCUUUUUGAAUACUGCUGUCUAAGCGCUGAUACAUCUCUUUCCGUGCUUGGACUAAGAUCGCCUUCUCCCAAUACUGUUGUCUGAGUGCUGAAACAUCUUUCUUUGCACUUGGACAAAGAUCUCCUCUUGCGAGACAAACUUUUAUCCUCUCACUCCAAACUCAAGCAUUCAACCUGUCGUGAUCUGUCUCUCUCUCCUUUCUGUCUUGUAUUCCUUCCAAAUUUCCCCUUUGAAAACUGAACCAAUCUUCUUUUUGAUUGAACCUUGAAUCUUCUUGAGUUACUGUCAAGGCUAGUCCUUUCAUUUACUGAACUAUUUCUGCUAAUCUCCUUGUUAAGAUCUUGCAAUAAUGGCACAAACUUCCCUUCCACCUGGAUUUCGCUUCCAUCCAACAGAUGUUGAGCUUUGCUCAUACUACUUAAAAAGAAAAAUCACGGGAAAGAAACUACUUGUUGAAGCUAUAGCGGAGGUUGAACUGUACAAAUACUCUCCUUGGGAUCUUCCAGAUAAAUCUUGUGUCAAGAGCAGAGAUAUGGAAUGGUACUUCUUUUGUCCUCGUGACAAGAAAUAUGCAACUGGGUCUAGGGCAAAUCGUUUAACACCAAAUGGAUUCUGGAAAUCUACUGGGAAUGAUAGAACUAUUGUGCUUAACACUCGCAUUGUGGGGAUGAAGAAAACAUUAGUUUUUCAUGAAGGAAAGGCACCUAGAGGUGAUCGAACUGACUGGGUGAUGUAUGAAUAUCGAAUGGAAGACAAUGAACUGGAUGUUGGUGGCUUCUCAAAGGAUGCAUAUGUAUUGUGCAAAAUCUUCAAAAAGAGUGGCCCUGGACCAAGAAUAGGAGAACAGUAUGGAGCUACAUUCAAUGAAGAAGAAUGGGACAAUAUAAAUACUGAAACUGCGUUCCCUUUGAUGCCUUGUCCAUCUUCAGAAGUACUAGGUGCUACUAAUGAACCACCUUUUCAGCACACUGUUGCUUCUACUUCUAGUGUCGUGAGCGAACCACAUGUCCUCACUGUUGCUUCUGCUGAUGGAUUACCAUUUGAGUUCAGUACUAGUUCCAUUACUGCUACCGAUGAACUACAGCGUCACAGGCUCAGACAUAAUGGAAGUGAAAUGGUUACUGUGAACUGUUCUUCUGAUGCUUUAGAUGCAUGUGAUCCCACUGAAUUUGGUGGAAUCACAUCGGAGGAGACUGAUAAGUGGGUUAGGUUUCUGAAUGAUUCCACGGAACGUGAUGGAGGCGCUCGUGAAAAGCUUGCUGGCCUCCCUGCUAUAUCUGAAGCUCAAGCUCAAGCUCUUGAAAUGAACUCUGAUUACUGCUACCAUGAAUUGGUGAGGCUUGUGGAGUCAGGAGGUGUUUCUACUGCUAACGACCUGUCCCCUGGCUAUGUGAAUACUGAGUGUUUGAAUACACCCAUGGUAUCUGGGCUUGGUGCUGGCGAUGACUAUCUAGAGAUUAAUGAUCUCUUCCCUCUUGGGGAAACUGCCUCCUUCGAGCUGCCGGCACCAGAAAGUCAGUUUCCCCAGUAUCCUUUGGAGCAAUGCCCGUGCAAUGAGUUGAAUCAUCCCCAAUAUCACGAUGAGGGUGCUCUUGCAGCUUCUUUAGCAGCAGGCGACUUCCUUCCACCUACUUCCUGCUCUAUGCCUGAUAUUUCAGUUGAUGAUGUUACUUGCAGCACAAACCUUAUGUGGAAUGACUGCUCCAACUCAACAGUGUGGUACCCCUUCUCAUGAACACUGCACAACUACCUCAGAGGUAUGAGUUGUUGCGUUUGGUUGAUUAUGCAUGGAUAUUUUGUUAUCGAAUUGGUAAUUUGCAGUGGACUUAUGAUUACUGCCAUUAUUACAAUACUGCUGCUCUUCUGGACAAGCUAAAAUUCUCUGUAAAAAUGGAAACUACCCUUCUGACAUUUUUAGUAGGUGAAUCAGGUCGAAGUCUGAUCAAUCUUGCAAUAUUGUUGACCAAAAUCUUCUGAAUUUUGUCACUGAAGUCUGCACUUGAACUCCGUUGAGUCAUAAAAUUCAUUCGUACUUUCAUCGGUGAAGUGAAGCUACAAAGAUAUCCUCCUACUUUUCUGGAACGAUCCCAGAUCUGGUGUUUAUCUUGCAAGCUCUUGCAGUGGUGGAGAUGCUCUGUCCGCUUUUGGGUAUUCAUUCAAUCCACAACUAUCCCUCGGCAUGUACCGGAAGUGCUCGACAUGUUUGCAACUCUUUACUUAUUCCUGCUUAUUGUACUGGAACUGCAUCUCGCAGAACAAACUUGUAGCACAUCAAGACGAUUAAUCUAGUUUUGCCUUAUUUAGUUUUGGGGCACGAGACC